GCCGCUGACGUUCCGCGCGCCGAUUUUUGAAAACGAGAGGGUUUGUUUUCAUUUUGACUUCAUAAAACUGCUGAGAAUGGCGUCUAUCAGAGACUAUAAUGUAGUUGAGCAGUUUAACAGCAGGCUGGAGGAGAUCAGGUCCAAACUUCUGGAUCAGGCCAUGGGAGAAGUGCUCAAUGACACCGCCAUUGAGCUCUGUCAACAACACAGACAUUACAUGACGUCUGUCAUGGAUACUUGUAUCAAGAAAUCCAAGGAGGAUGAAAGCAUGUUUGAGAGUAUACAUGCAUAUAAAGAAGAUUUAAAGGAAAGAACUGCUGUAUUGAAAGAAAAGAAGACGCGACAUAUUGAGGUCGAGUCAGAGAUCGAGGACAAGAAACAUCACAAAGAACUCCUAAUUCAGAGGAUUGAGAAAUUUAAGAAGGGUCAGGUGAAAAACAGAGAAUUGAUUCAGUCACAAAACAAAGCCAACAAGGACAGACUGAAGAAGCUGAACAUAUGCAAGGACGUCUUUCAAAAACAUCUGAGUCUCGAGAUCAGAAAAAUCCAAGGUGAGAAGUUGCAGUUUGUCUUCAGGAACAUCAGUCGUAAAGAUCCAGAUAUCGUCCACGCGUUCCUCCUACGGCUUGAUGCAGAGGGCGUGUACCACAUCAUCUCCUGUGACCCUCCGCUGGAGAAAAUGGCACAUCUAGAGCUCAGGCUGCAGGAGACCAACAAUUUCCCUGCUUUCCUCGCAAAUGUCAGGAGAGAGUUUGUGGCGCUUUACAGCGGUGCAAAGAAGUGAAAGUGAUUCAUUUUAGAUCCACCUCAACAAACAUAUUGUCAUCUUUUAUUAACUGCGUCAUUUGUAAAUACUUGAGUGACUUAUUUUGAUUUUGCUGUUUUUCCCAUUUGUGGAGUUGUCAUUUUUAGAAAUGAACAUUUAUGAAUAAAGCUCAAUUUAAAGUGCAUUUAUAGACCCAGUUUUUGCUUGUAAAACAAACAUGAAGUUCAUUUUUCAAUACAUUUAGUAUUAAACUGAAAUCACAUCAAAUAUCACAAUUCACACAGUCAUAGAUUAUAAUCUAUAUAUAAAUGAUAUAUAAUAUAAAAUCUUAAGGAAGUGUCAGUAGUAGUGUUUGUAUAUUCCUUGUUAUGCGCUGCUUAAAAAUAUGAAAUAAUUCCACAUCUGCACUAAAAAUGUAUUUAUAGCAUAAAUUAGCAUUAGUGA